AUGCAAUCAUCAACAAUCAUCAUCACUACCCUCUUUGCACUCUUUACCGUUGGUUUCACUGCCGAAUAUCCAUCAGUGUUAACAAAUUCGAUUCUUUACGAUGAUACUGCACGUGUACAGGUUCUUAUCAACCAAGUAGUUAAUGUUCUUCCACCAAAUAUUCGCAAUGGUAUCGACGAUGCUGCAGCUUUAGUUGGCAUGACACGUCAUGCAUUUCUUGUAAGAGGUUUAAAAGAAUUGCAAGCUUUUCAAGCUUAUUCAAAGAUUGAUUUUAUUACUGCAAUACAAAAAGCAGUUAAAUUUGCUGAUGAAAAGUUAACACCUGAGCAAGAAGAAUCAUUAGAAAGUUUAGAAUCACAAGGCAUUGAAUUUGCCAAAUUAUUAUUUUCAAACCAAUUACAACCCGGUGAAAUGAAUGGACUUUAUGAUUUACUUGUUAAAAUUGUUCGACAAAAAAUCACUGGUGAAGAAUUAGUCGAUGAAUUACCACAAGCCCUUAAUGGCAUCUUGUUACAACACAGUUUGAAUGUUGCCCCUAGUGCUUAA